GGGGAGGUCUGCUAUUUCACUAUUUUCGUUGACAAUUUUUCUCACUUUUAACCAUCUAUCGUGAUGAGAGUGCAAAGAAACUUUGACAUAUGGAUUAGGUGGACAUAAUCCAUAGAUGUCAUAAUAAUGGUGAAUGAAUCUGUAUUUUUCAUCUAUGAUCACAACAUGCUGAAAAAGGAAGAAGAUGACUUGAAAGAUGCCAUCAUUUAUUUUCAACCUGAAAAUUGGUCGGCAGAUGACCAGGUUAAGCUGUGUUGUCAGUUGAUGGGUUUGACAGAGUAUCUGCAGGAAACCAUCAGCAGAUCUUCCCCAAGGGUGUUCAAGUUUCAACGAGACAAAUAUGGCAUAAAGACAGCCGGAGCAUACAGUUUGGUUCUUCAAGGAGGCAAAUUUCUACCAGAUUCAGUUCUUCUCGCGAAACUAGAUGCCCUGUAUGAAGCCUUUGUAACCUUUCAUGGCAGCAUUGACAGCCUCAAGCUGCGUUGGAAGGGGAGCCAAGGGGAGUUUGUAACUGAGCUGGGUCGUGUGUGGAAGACCCUGCUGGAGGUGACAGGAGCGUGCCAGGGAUACAGUAUCUCACAGACCUUCCAGGGCUUGCCAUACACUGAACUGCCAAGGGCGGGGUCUCAAUUAUUCCUGCAAGCCAGCCAGAUACUGCAGUCCAGUCAACGCAGGCCUUAUGUCCUAGCCGGAGUGAUCCUCUACAAAAACAGUGUCUUGAAUACUCAGCUUCCUCCCAAACUUACUAAACACCUUACAUACCUCCGAAACAAGAUGCCUCACAUAACUAAAGAUAUUGAUUAUGAGUUACCAAGGGGAUGCAAAAUUGUGACCAUAUUCCUAAAAGACAAGGACUAUCAUGACAUCUGCCCCCUGGAUCCCCUUGCAAGGCACCAUUGUAAUGCCACAGACUUCAGUCAAUCCCGUGAAAAAGACCCCAUGAGGUUGUCAGCAGAGAAAGCAAAUCCGUCCAAACCAAGCAAACUCACAAGACGUUUGACUUGCCCUGCUUUAGGCUUGCCUGUACACGAGCACCCCCAGUCAGCCACACAAAAGACUCUUAAAACAUCUCUCACCAACGAACAAAAGAAAGCAAUUCAAAGAAAGCAACAAGAAGUGUUGAGUGCAGAAAGGUCCCCAUGGGGUCGUGACGUUGACCGUGGUACAAGGACCUCACUGUCACAUGUGCCCAUAGUCGAGUGCCGCAGUGGCGAGUCUGCUGUGGAAAGCGAGGGUGAGGUGAUAAAUGAGGGGGUGCCAGCCACGCAGAUAGAGGAAAAAUACAGGAUGUUGCCUUCCUCUGGGGAUGGUGAACAUGAGGAAGAGUCAGAUACUGACACUGAGGGGAACCAGUCUAAUAAUAGUGUAACUACACAUAUUACAGUGACUGGUACAAAUAAUAUCAUUGAUUCUCAAGGUAAUAAUGUUGAACAGGGUAACUAUGACACUGGUCAAGUAACUGCAGAUGCUGAUCCGGCCAUAAGUGACUUGGAGGAUAAUGAAGAUGAAGAUGUAAAGCUUGAUACCAAACAAAACAUGCAUUCACCUGGUGCUAAUGCAGCUGUAGAGAGUGAUUCAACCCACAAAUUUAUUUGUGAACAGAUAAACAAAAAUUCCAAAGCUGAAUCAUGUCCACAAAAUAGUUCAAGUGCAGACCAAAUCCAUGUGAAGCUCAAUCUGUCUUCUUCUGAAGAGAGAAGUGUAAGAUCUUAUGACAAUCUGUCUGACCACGAAACGAAAGUUGUGAAAACUGAAGGUGUGCACUCAGUCCUGAAACAUUCAGCUGACAUUCACACAGGAAUGGUAGGAAAUAGCUCGUAUAAAGAUGAGAUUAUAAAGGAAGAACAUUUAGAAGGAACUUUAAAAGUUAAUUUAGAUGUAAGAUCUGAACAUUGUGAUGAGGAAGUAGCAAAUGGUUACAAAAUAGAGGAAGAGAAAGAAAAUGUGAACCCAAACAUAGAUAUUAUUGAUCGAUCAUUUUCACCUGUGUCUCAGAAAUAUGAAUCUGAAAUAGAGACUGAGGAUGAAGGUUAUUCUUUAGCACACAUUGAGCCGUGCAUAAACUGUCUGGAACUGCAAUCAAGUCCUCAAAAUCAUUCAAGAAACAAUCAGCUAGUAAGGUGUUCUAACUGCAUAGCUAGUUACAACAAACAGAAGAUGUUUGGUGUUCCAAACAUAGACCAAGAAAUUAUGGACUUUAGGUCUGCAGGCAGAGAUGGUAUAGAGUCUGGCACAGAAACUGAGGGGCUUACUGAUAUGGAGAAACCGCAUAUCAAGAUCAGGACAGCAGAGAUUAUGUCAUCCUUUAGCAGCGAUGUGUCAACGGAUAGCACAAUCUCUCGUUACUGGACCCAUGAGAUGGAGGGCCUGAAUGAUGUAACAGUGUAUGUACAGUGUCACGCGGAUAUCUCCCUGCUACUGCUCAUGGAAAACCCAGAACAGUUGCAGGAAAACCUCUUCCAUGCAUUGUGGAAGGGUUCACUGGCGAGCCUAGCAGACCUGGACUUCCACAUCAAGGAGUGCCUGGAGACGGCAGCCGAGGACGUGAAAGGUGACGCCCAUGCUCACGAUCUGUACAAGUAUCUACACUGCAGCACAUACACUGCACAUGUGAAAGGAACGAUAUCUGACCAAAGCCAAGGGGACAGACGGGGCAAUAACCUCCACCAGAUGUUGGCUGGUCUUCAUUCAGACUUUCAGAGUAAUAGGUGCCUGUCUGAUGUCACAUACAGGUCACAUUUUACCAGUUGCUAUGGUCACAGUAUCCAGGGAGACGAGAGUUAUUUCCAGUUUGACAUAUCCCAAAGGGCUACAUCUGGCCUGCCUCUUCCCCGAGACCCCGUCUACUCCAUGGACGUCAGUUCUCGAGCCAAAAUUGCCAAGGAAAGAAAACUCUCCAUCUUGUGAUAGUCUGUGCAGAUACAGUGUACACAUUUUGGUUUUUAAACAAAAACGUAGAACGAUCCUUAUGUGUCACAAUAUUUUCUUUGAGAAUUAGGGAAAUCGUUUUGAACAAUAUUUUUUAAACAGAAAAUUAUAUAUAUAUAAGAAUUUUAAUUUUAUAUAUUUAAAGUGGUUAUACAUUCAUUUUUCCUUUUAUCCUAGAAUUGUUUCUGCCGAUAUGUGAAUGAGUUUUAAAAUGUGAACGGACAACUGUUCUGUUCUGGCCAGGUUAUUUCAGAUAGUCUUUUUAAUUUUGUACUCUUAUACAUGCACCUUUGUUAUUUAUAUAUAUACCAUGUUGUUAUGUGAAUUUUUAUUUUUGUGUUAUUGUGUUUUUUUUAAAUGUAUGGAUAUAAAUGUAUACACAGUA